AUGGCCGAACUGGCACACCUCAAGCCGUGCUUCGCCGUGCCAGAAGCGCGGCACGGCUCGCUCGAGAAGCCCGAGAUCCAGAUCGUGAUCGACACGCUGAGGAUGCAGCCGCAUAGUAGGGGCGGGGGCGGAUACCGUGCCGAGACGGACCGCCACCCGUCCUCUGUCGUGGCGGGGGGCAGCGAGUUCCCGCCAGACGAGGCCCCCUCCUCCCCCUCCUCGAAGCUCCGCAGCGCCUCGUCGACUAGUCUCUACCUCAUCACGCCUAACUCGCCGCAGUCCUACUUGCACCGCACCCGCGAGCGCACCAUGCACACGCUGCAUCGCGGGCGAGGCCGCAUCGUGGUGAUCCACGACGCCGACGAGAGCACCAAGACAGGGGCGAGGAGUGGUGGCGUGGGGUACCGAGUCGAGUCGUUUGUCGUCGGACACAACGUCGCCGCGGGGGAGAGGCUGCAAUGGGUCGUCGAGGCGGGCAAGUACAGGGCCAGCUUCUUGCUGCCGGACCGCGACGGAGAGAUGGAGAGCAAGGCGGGGCUGUUGGUCUCGGAGACGUCGGUGCCGGGGUUGGUCGACAGCGCUUCCGACCGCGAGUUCCUGGACCGGGACGGGCUGAGGAAGCUCUUGCGCAACGACGACGCGAGGGAGCUGGAGUGGCUGGCGCGUCCAGAGCAGAUCAAGAGGCAGGGCCCCUAG